GGAGACGUAGAUUACCACAAUUUUAAACAAGUGUUUUCGCUGAUUUUCAAAAUGGAACACAAGCGUUUGUUAAAAUGGUGUGUCGAGAUUUUAGAUUCGUUUAAUCCAAGGAUUCAUGGUGUUUUAGAACACCUUAAUACCUGCCUGGCAACAAAAACGGUAAGCCAAAAUUUUAUUCCUUUAAAAGGAAAGUGUUUGAUGAUAAUUAUGUCCAUUUUACGUUUAUAUAAGGUAACUUCUGGAACUUGAUCAGCUUUUUAUUGAUUUUCGUCGUGCGGUUAAUUAAUGUCUCAUUUUGGUGAACUUCUGUUCUCUUCAGGAUCUUGGAGAAAGUGAUGAAUCUUUUCUUACAGAAGUGUUUUCUGGAUGCGUGCAGUACACAAAUAUCCUAAAGGUAUGCGUCUUAAAGUGGUUUCAUAUUUACCCAUUCAACUGUCUGCUCUGUUUUGUGGUGAAUUUGGUAAAAUUUCCACACAGCCCCAUCCUACAUUAUGCAUUCAGUUAUUGGAUAGAGAAGCAAUAACAAAGACAAUACAUUGCCAUUGGGAAAACAGAUUUGUUUUACAAUAUUAUGGGGCUAUGCGGAAAUUUUACCAGUUUUACGUUUACUUAUAGUAGUGUCACAUCAAAGCUACUCAUUUGGCUAUGAUUUUGGUUCAAAAUGAUUCAGGAUUUCUGAAAGUGGGGAGUGUGUGUGUGUGCAUAUGUUGGGCAGGAGGAGGGUGGGGGUUCAGUCAUGAAUUUCUCUGAUCUUUACAUGAGCUGGCUUAUACUGCUACUCUACCCUGUGUAUCAAGGGGAUAGUAUUCAUACAAUAAGAAGGACCACCAUUUGAAAUAUCUCAAAAGGUACUAAUAAAGUUUUAUGCUCUGAAGAUUCUUCAAAUAUUUAAGUUUCUCCAAACCUGAAAUAAAUUUUUUUUUAAUGGUAUUCAUCAAUAGGUUGUUGUAGAUGCAUUCUAUGCUGAUGUUGGCAAGACUUCCCUUCGUGUUGACAAAAAUGUAUAUACUGGUGAGUGCUUUAAUUUACAGGUAUUGAAUCUUACCCUCAUAGUUUGUGGUAUUGCAGUUUGUACAAUAUAGUAAAAACUUGAAGGUACCUUGGUAAAGUCUGUACCUGAGCCAAGUAGCCCACCCCACUAGAGCUUAUCUUAGAUUCCAUAGUGUGAUGUAACUAGGAUAUUUCUGCUUCUCCGUGGAUGGGAUAACUGUCCAGCUUAAGCAGGGGUUUCAAAAUAUUUUCAAGUAGGUAUCAGACUCUGCAAAAAUGGAUGACUAUGAGAAGUUCAUUAAAGGCCAAAAUGUAGUUACAUGUAUUUUGACCAUAGUAAACAGCAACAUGUUUUCAAGUAGCCAGCAGAACCCCAGCAGUCACUGGCUUGUUUUGAAACCCUUGCUUGAGUUUAUCCCUUGGCAUUUCAUUAAUUCAACAAUACCCAUUUACAGUAUACUCCUGGAUGGUCAGAGAGGCACUGUGAAAGUAUCUGGUGUUUUGCCCAAUUACAAAACUUAAUGACCCACUUAGCUAUUGAACCUGGACCUUUUGACUUGAAGUCCAGCGCACUGACCAAUUAAGGCCACCAAAUCUCCCAGUAUACAACUUGAAUUAUAUUCAGCUGGUUGACUCUUGACAGGCUUUCAUCUUUUCUUUUAGUUCUGGUGUAUUUGGCUCUCUACAGACUUGAUGAACUGGGAAUUGCACAUUUUAGAAAAUUUGUCAUGAGCCAUGAAGCCAACAAGAUGCACAAAGUAAGAAAUGCAUUAGCAUAAAAUCAUUUCUUCUGAACACAACAGGGUCAAUUUUGUCAAUUUGAUAAAUAUUAAAUAAAGGAUGAUUAAUUCUACAAUACCAUGAUAUUUUUAGAACUGACUCUUUCUCCCAUUUGGGUAAAUGGGAUGUACAUUGUACAACUAAUUUCUCCUUAAAGCAUCACAACUGAAUCAAAUAUUAAGUUCAUGAAAAUAGGGAAAAUGAUUGAAAACUAAAGAAGCAUUUGAUGGUUGAACAAUUUCUCCUUGUCAGUAUCAUAUGUAUUUAAAGAUAUCAGUGUGGGGAAUAUGAAAAUUAAAGUUAACAUUGGUAGUGACACAAGGGGUUAUUGAAUCUGAAACACAAGUCCAAGUCUGUUGUUACCCGUAGUCAUGUUAUGUGCCUUAUAUCACCAUGAGUACAUAUUUUAUUUUUUCUUUUCCUUUUAUUCCAGUUUCUCUCAUUCGUGUUCAAUGAAAGCAACAUAACAACAUGGAUGAAAGACGAGGUAAUUGAUGGCAUAUUGUCUGGUAAAUUUUUGCCUCUUAGUCUGUCAUCAAAACUAGUGAUUUUCCUUUACUUAUUAAAAAGUUUUAACCAUAGUCAUACUAUUUCUUUUCCUUUAACAGUGGUGUAAACAUUAUGAACACAGUUAUGUUCAAACACAUUUGAUAUCCCCCCUUUUGAGGCAAGUAUUUAUUAUGGUUUAGUCAACAAUUAACUCUUUAACUCCCAAGAUCUGAUUGUUAAUUCUCCCCUCUGGCUGCUACACAUCUCUUAGUAAAUUAGUUAUGAGAAUUUGUUGCUAUAUCGAGAUAGCAGCUUCUAUCAAAUAAGUUUGAAUAUUCCCAUUACCUGUGUGCUGAAUAAUGUUUGGAUAUUAUAGGGAGAAGUUUCAUGUUAAUCAUUUCUGGAAGUUGAAGGGUUAAUUAACCGGUAAAGCAAUGACCUUUCCUGGUGAGCUGCAAUUAAAGCACUUAUUUCAUUUACUGUAAGGAAAAUUCUGCCCAUCUUCUUCUCUUCUUCUCCUCCUCUUUUUUCCAGACUUUUUUUUCCUGCUAGUGCUUACUGCAAAUUGCAGCUCACCAUAUAUAUUUACAAGUAGGAUCAUGGCUUUACUUGAUUUUCAUUGGCACAUCAUUAAAAAAUUGUGGUUACAGGUAAUAACUAGCAAUUUUCACAAACAUUGAGGUGAAUAGUACUCAGUGGAAUUAUUAACCAAGCUGUAAAGUAUGUAUGUUAGAUAUCAUUAUUAAUGCAUAUCAUUAUUUAUUUUAUCUUUUCUUUUUCAGAUGGUUACCAGAGUUAAAUGGUCUCAUUACUGAUUUAAGAGAUAAAUUAGCCAACAAAGAGAAGCCCAGAAAAUCAAAACCAGCUACAGGUGAUUAGCAAAGACUAAAAAUGUUCUUUCUAUUAUUAUUUGCAAUCACAGGUUUCAAGGUGCAGAAUUGUGCACUGCACUGCUUAACAAUGCAUUGCUUAACUUCUGGUGAAGAGGGAAGGUUUAGGGAGGGACUGGGUGCCCCAUCUUUUUUAAAUUUUUCUUUAUUUUAUUUUAUUUCCAACUUUUUAAUUCCAUUUAUUUACAGUGAUAUAUGAUAUUUACAUAAUAAUCUUAAAAAUUACAAUUUCCUUCACUGUGAUUGGUUUAAAAUUCUCCUAUUUUCUAGGACAGUUUGUUACCAGACAAUACGUCAUUGGAUGGUUCAAUAAGCAAUCGCAUUCAAACUUUUAGUAAAGAUCAACUAAUCACAACCUUGAUUUCAAUUUUCCCUUUUUUUUCCAUGACCUGGCUAUUUUUUCUUUUCUCAGAAAUUUUUUUAUUUUUAUGAUUAAUUGGUAACAAGACUUUGUUUUGUUGAAUUCUGUCUGUAAUCAUACUUGUGAUAAACAAAUCAGACUCCCAUUAUGCAGUUGUUCGAUUUUGUUAUCACUCAUAUCAUUACUCACUGAAUUGGACUCCACUUAGUCCUAUCAUCCAUUACUUAUAAUUGUCAACACUUGACUUGAGGUUUCCUUAUCUGCCUUAGAACCAAAGCCAUUUAACCUGACAAAACCUCGACCAAGAAGUGUUCCUAUGCCAGAGAAGGUAAGGAAUCCAUGUGGAUUUGAUAUUUCUUUCAGCAUGAGAAGUGAUAAUUUGAUGCUUUAAAGUACAUAAUUAUACAAAUAUGAGUGACUUUAAAUAGUCAAGUCAAAUACACAUAUAUAUGUCUUUAUUGUUCAGUUGGAACUAAACAAUUCUCUGUGUUUUCAGAUCCCUAAACUAAAGAAGUCUAGACAGGUAGGUGUCAGUCAAGCUUCCUAGUAUUGAACAUUCAGUGUCAGCAGUUGCAGUAUGUGUUGAAAUUUUCUUAAGGUUUGAAGUGACAAGUUUAACUUAAUCAAUGUUGACUAUUAGAGGUUUUUUUUUUCAUCUUUGAUUGGAAAGGUCCCUCAGACUACAUAUCAUGCACCUGUUGAGGAAGAUUUUAUGGCUAAGAUUAGGGAAGAAAAUCGGAAAAGAGCUGAGGUGAGUGUAAAUGUCAUUUUAUAAUCAAUACUAAGUAGAUAACAUUUGCCCUGUUUUCUUUUGAGUGUCUUCUUCCUUAAAUCAGGAAGAGCUCUUGCAACCACUUUUUGAUGUAAAUGUUGCAACUACAGGCUGAUUUUUGAUACUUGUGGUAGAAAUAUAUUUUUUAGAAUUGCACUGUCUGCCAUCAUUCCUGUACAUGUACAGCUGUACAUACAAUUUUGAAGUUGGAUAAUGUGACCAAACAGUUCCAGUUAAUGAGAGGAUCAUGUGAAUAUAGCAGUCUGACUGGUACAAUCACCCUGAAUGUAGUCUAGUAAGGGCUCAUUGUACAGCACCAUUCCCACAGUACACCUACCUAAUAGAGUUUCCCCUAGUAGUAGUUUGAUAGUGUAUAGCUGUUUUUGCCUGAAGACAAUAUGUACAUAUUAGAUCCUUCUUGUAGCACAUUGGGUGUAUAUUAAGGGGUGGUUUAACUGGGUACAGAAACAAGAGUUUGCAGCAGGUGCAAACCUAGGCAAGGUCUUUGUGAUGCUUUCUUGGACAAAACAUUUAACCCAUUAGAUCCUAGCAUCAGUUGGCCCAUGGAGAAUUUGCUUAAUUAAUCAAGAGUUCCUUUGCCUUGUGAUCAUUUCCGAUAUUCUUGCAACCUUAAUGUUUGAUUCAGGGGCAACAGUUUUAGGAGAAAUUAGAUGCUUAUCACUCUCUGGGGUUACAAGUUAACUUAUACAAUACAUCUGUCCACCCAGGAGUUUAAACAGAUAGUAGUAGCUGCUAGCUGAUAGUAGAAGCUGUUCGGGAAGCUUUCUGAAUAGCUGGACUCACAGUCAGUAAUUUUCCUUGAGCAGAAAUGCUCUCAGCUAGGUUAGGGUAAUCUUUAAUAGAAAUCGUCACCAGGCUUCUAAGACUUAGCCGUUCUCUUCUGGAAACAGGAGGAAUUCUUAAGAUCAUCAGCCAGGCAACCUGCGUGUGCAAGUGCUGAGAAAUCUGAUAAAACUAAACGAAGAAUGAGGCAAAUUACAGAUGAGGAGAACUCCAAGUGAGUAGUGUGAUUGUUAGCAUUGAUCUAUUUGGUUUCAUUUGAAGAACAUUCAUAGAUUUAAGCUAAUUUGGUUUUAUCAAGUGAGUUGAUAAAGUGAUACUAAACAUUUUUGUCAGCUUUCUCCAUCUGCAACUACCUUGUUAUAGUCUAUCUUUGUGGUUUUCAUCAGAAAAAAGACAGAAAAGAUCAUGUGCUCUCUUUCUUUAAAUGUUACAGGUUACAGUUCAACAAACCCAAAGCACAAGAGGCGCCGUCAACCACAGUAAGAGAUGACAGUUCAUACUGUGUAUAGAAAGGCAUUACUUUAGUUUUCCUGGGUAAUCCUUGGCGUUGUUUGCUCUAGAAGGAAUUUCCUUUUACUGUGCGGGUAGUCGAUAAUCCUACGUUGUUUUGAUAGAAACUAGCAUAGUUCUAUAGCACAUCGUAAUGUAUUUAAAAACAAAGAACUGUUAGUGAAGGAGAACUUCAUGUACAUGUACUGUACAUACAAUCACGUGUAUGUGUAAUUGGCAAUGUUCUUUCCUUUGUAAGGGUGGAAACAUUCCGAUCAAGUUAAAUGCAGCAACAAUCAUGAGAGAAGGAGUGCUUUUUCACAAGAAAGAGGAAGAGGAACUGAAAAGGUAAAUAUAGGAAACACAUGUAAUCUGAGUUAAACAUGCAUACAACGCGUGACGGAGGCGCUGCGCACUGGACUCUGGGUCGAAAAGGGAAAAGGUUUGAGUUGAAGUUCUCACAACUAUACGGGCCCUAUGUAAUAUUUCUAGAUGUAACUCCUCGAUGUAAUAAUGCGAGUUUUUGCUCAAACACCUGUCCAUUCUGUUUCUUUCCCUGAUAUCUGAUAUGAAUUUCAAACAAAAAUCCGCUUUUCGAACCCGUUAAGUUACCAAGUCUUUAAAGAAACGAGCCCCCUUGCCGGAUUAUAUUGCUGUGUUCUUGAGAAAGACACCCAAUCUUCACAGUGCCUCUUUCCACCCAGGAGGGCUAAUAGCUACCGACAAACGGGUAUGGCCAUGAUCCUGACGAUACGUAGGGGAGGGUAGCCAUACUAACAGGCCCUCAUCAUCAUCUUCGGCUCGAGCGUUUCUAAUCCUGACCCACGGCGAAAUAUGAGGCCAUCGGCAACGUCAGCCGGUGAGAGGUCGGGAACGGGUCCGGCAAUGAUAACCAGGAUAGUGCCAGACCCCUAGAGAACCUCUCUCGAAUCUUCUAAAAUCCUCCCACGGGUUGAAAACGCGCGUCCUGUCACGCUUUUAUUGAGGGACUGCUCACCAGUUACAUACUACAGAAACUGACCCAGGGAUAAGCUACAUCAAGGUUCUGCGAUUUAUUUUCGUCCACAGACUUAUAGAAUAAUGACUUGAGAGAUUCCCUUACACUGAUGAUUAUUUCCAAUUCCAAUUUUUAGACUGUCAGAGUAUGAAAAAGGAGGACGUGAUGCCACUGAGUUCUUAAGAUGGCAAGAAAGUGCCAGAAAGGUAUUGGACUAACGUUUGGGAGUAUUUUCGCCUGGCUUCUGUUAUAGUUAUCAAAAACAAUUUACAAAGAAAAUUCGAAAGUUUAAUCAAGAUACCACGAGCUUUUUCGGUUUGAUACUUUGCUAAUCAAAUUGAGUAUACAGAAUGUAAAACUGUGAGGUGUGUAAAAAAUUUAGUAUAUAAAGUUUGGCCAACAUUUACUUGAUCUCAAAUCUGCUUCGGUUUGAAUUUUAUUCAUUUUCAUUGCAGCAUUUAUUGUUCAUUGAUGUUUCAUUUUCUUUUUGCAUAUUCCUUUGUAGAAAGAUUUGGAAGACAGACUCGCUGAGAUUGAGAAACGAAGAUUGGUAAGUUGGAGAUCUCAUUUUCUAGACCUAGAAAUGACGGGAACACUUGCAGUCUGAAUCUUGUGUUUCUAGGAGGGAAAGUUACGCUUAAGAUUGAAGUCGUUUCCGCUGCUCUUCUGUUUCAGGAGGGAAAGUUAAGCUACGAGGAGGCGAUACUUGCAAGACAAACAAUGAUCAAACAAAACCAACAGCGGGUCAUGGAAAUUAAACAAGAGGUGGGAACUAUUUGGUCAACCUGAGAAUAAAGUCCGCAAGAUAGCUACGGUCCAUUUCUGUGUUGGAGCAAUUUUCAUUGAGUGUCGAAAGUAAUCCGGAAUUGCAUCGGAUUUGCUUAACUUAAACAUGUAAUUGGUUCAGAAAACGUUCGCCAUCCUCUCAACCAACUAGAUGCAAAACUCAAAACAGUCGCGACUCUGUUAUGCGCGUUUUCCCGCGCUUCAAGCAGUCUGCUUCUUUUCACUUUCUCAUCGGCUAAUGAUAAUGUAAGCUUUCGUUCUGAUUAGUCAUUGAGUAUACUUUUGGUUUUUCAACCCUCAAUUGAAAACUGCUCUAAUAAGUUAUGAUAGUUUGGUGUUAAAUCACGACCACAUGUUGUGACUUAGAAAUUUGUCCAUUUUCAUCAGUUGGUUUUUCUGUAAUUUACAUUAUAAAAAUUGAAUUGCUAGAUACUUCUUACAGUUACAAAUACGAUGUUAGAAAAUGCUGAAUUCAUUUGUCUGUCUUCGCAGACACAAGAGAUGAUGCAGAAACAUCUUGAGAGAAAGUCGAAGGAAGGUGAAGAAAUGAGGUUGGUAUGCCUGUGUUUACCUUUGUUUCCUCUUCUCGGAACAAAUUUUGUCCGAGCAAAUUUCGUGGUAAGUGCGUUAUUUAUAUAUUGUGCUUUUACAUUUAUCGUCCUUUUCUUGGUUAGGAAACUCGUCGAGCAAACCACGAUGGAACAUGAAAAUACUAAAGAGGCCCGCAGAAAACUUCAAGAAUACAACCAAAAAUUGGGUAAGGUGUUAAUUCAAUCUUUGAGAAAAGUGGCCCAUAAACUCUAGUGGUUUAUCUUAUCUGUAACUAAGACAAAACAAGUUGAUAAAUCAUAUUUCGGUAUAAUUUCGAUGGCAGGUAUUUUCCAAUAUUAAGUGUUCACUUUCUACUUUUUUCGUGGUUUUAGUUCAAGAGGUCAGCAAGGAGAGUCAAGAACUUAUGCGUAAAGCUUUGGAAGAAGUGAGUUGUAUUUGCGUUACAAAUCGAGAAUUUGUUUUUGCGGUUUUUUUCUUUCUUUCUUUUGCUGGUACUGGUAUUAGUUUCUCCUUGACAUUUACGGCAACUGAAAACGGCUAAAAAGAUUCUGAAUUUUCUUUUUCUUUGCGCAAUCCUUGAAUCAACGCUGGAGAGAAAUGGCGAAGAAUCUCUUAUUCACAGCCACUGCAAAUAAUUCAAAUUAUGUGCAAAAAUGGCGGAAUUCAGACAGCAAGAAGUUCAAUUUUUGUCGUUUGCCAGUUGUUUAAAACACCUUUGUACUUUCUAAAUAAGACGGAAUUUAUCAUGAUUGACUAAAUGGGUUAUUUAAUCGAUAACAAAUGACAUUUGUAUCCCACAGGCUGAAGAAGAAAUGAGACAGAGAGUUGCGCUGAUUGCAAAAAUACGAGCCAUAGAGAGUGUACCAGUCAUUCGAUUUAAGGUAUGCCUUGUGUUUCUUGUCCGUUGUCUGCAGUCCUGAUGACUCUGUCCCUGGCUUUACCUCGAGUUAAACGCAGGAGAAAAAAUAAAUCACCUCUUCGAGGUGUUUAGAUAACCAACUUGCAGUUUUAAAUUCCACAAGUAGCGUUGUUACUGGCGAGGCAAUUAUCGAAGAAUAAAACAAAAUCCCUAGCAAAACUUUGUAUCCAUGUUCUUAGAGACUUACUAUUCAGCAGCAUUGUGUCAUUUGCAGAAUUUAUCCAGAAUUAAGGUUAAACUUUUUGGGCAGUUUUCUUCAGAAUUUUUUUCAUAAAGAACCUCUUCAUAGAUAUAUUGCGGUUUAAAUAUAUAUUGGUUUUUUGUCUUAUGCAGCACGUGGAUCUCACAGAAACUUCAGGAGCUGGCCUCCUCAGUGAAAUGUCUGUAGCAGAGGUAUGGUCGACUUUGAACCACUUUAUGUCAUCGUUUGUAAGAGGCCGGUAGGCCUUUGGUUGUCGUAUUCUGAAAAUAACCUGAGCAAUCAUUUAUGAUCAACUGCAAGGAAUGUUAAUUUACCCUUUUAAAGUGCAUUAUUUAUAUAAAUUUCCAGCCAUUAGUUUUUACAAACGAUUUUGGCAGCAAACUACUAUUUUCCAUCUGGGGAAAUACGUGUAGCAACAUUUCUUACAGCUUCAUUUCUUGUAUGAUGUGCGAGAGGUUCGUUUUAGUAAAUAGAUAAUGACCCAAUCAUACGUUAGAGUAGCGAAACCCUCUGAAGCACCUUGUGUUUCAACUUUUCACUCCUCAAUAAAGCAGCCCUGUUAUAAAUGGCGAUUCAUUUUUUUCCCCUCAGCUUCGUGAGAGGUUGGCGUUACUUAAAAUUGCCGAGAAAGAGGCGGAGGAGGAGAAAAGGGACAAUAUAUUGAAGUCCAAAGUGGUGAGUACCAAAAACGAGCCAAACAGGUCAUUAAACCACUUUCAGAUGAGGCUCGUAAAUCUUCAGAAUACCCGAGCUGUCUUCGAAACUCUUGGUAUACUCGGAUCGUCCUUGACGAAAAAAAGUACAACAGAAAUAGAGUGAAACUUCAGUAGUUUUGUCCUUUUUAUUGUUAUAUGUAGCACAAGCCUUAUAUAUCUCGAGGAGGGUUCCAAUUGCCAUUAUUAUGGAAUUCAACGGGAGGUUCACUUUAUUUUUAAGGGUUUGUUCUAAGAGAUUGAAGUUAUAGUCCUUUGUUUGUGAUUUGAUCCAAGGCUUCGUUAAAAUAUUUGUACUUGUACUUGGUUUAAGUAUUAUUAUAAUUUUUUUUUUAGGAAAAAGACCAAUUCCUUAUGGAUACUUUAGAAACCAUCGCCAAGCACCGAGCUGAGAUAGGAAACGAAGCAGCUGUGCAGUGAGUGACACUUCAUUUCUAUAUGAGUUGUAUUGCAGUGAGCGUCAUUUUGAGGUAAGCUGACCGUUUUCCCUUUUUGUGAGUUAGGCUGGAAGCAAAGAAGCGACAAAAGAAACCCGAAAUGAAGGAUCCAAAGCUGAAAGAAUUACAAGAACGAUUGGAGGCCAGGAAAGCAGGUUUGUUCAAACUCCAGUAGUUUUUUUUCCUAUUUUUGCUUUCCAGCAUAUGGUCAAAUCACUUCAAUUAUGGACCCAUCUGCAAAAAUUGUUUCAACGAUUGUAAACACUUGUGAGUUGACUCACUCGUAGAUCAUUCACAUCUGAUCCCUCGUCCUAAUGAUCAUCAGUAUGAUCACUGGCUUUGGCGAGAUAAAAAAUGCGCGUUGUAAAUCUGAUUCUGAAGCUUAAUGCAGACAUAAGCUUGGAUUUACCUUUAAUGAAGUUUGGAUGUGUCAAAAGUUGACACUUACAUAGUAAUGAGGUACUGGAUCCCUUGUUCGAAGUAUUGUCUCAAUUAUAUUCCUUAAUUUUGCCUGUUCUCACACCUAAAUCUUGGUGAAUACAAGCAAAGGCCUUGCCAAUGUACUCGUCAAUUUGCCUCUUUCCCUUUUCCACCAAAAUUACUUUGUAUUUGAUUGUUUAAAACAGAACGUAGGAAAGAAAGCGAACGUUUAGCGGUGGUUCCGAAGAAGAGCUCAGCACGAAGGCAAAAGGCUCUGCAGGAAGAGAAGGUUGGUAACUAACAAACAGUUAGGGUUAUUUUUAUCUGAGUAAAUGACUGUCACAUUAUUUUAACUUGUUAAGGCAGGUAAUUAAAUGGAUACCACUGGCCGAUGCAGUUGAGAAUCCGGAGAAGAUAGUAUCUUGACCUCUCCAAAUUUCAGUUUAGGGCUGUUCAGUUCAUAUUUCGUUAGUGGAAAAUGAUCGAACCGUUUUCAUCAAUUUCACAUGAGGACUGUAUUCUUUCAGGCGGCACUGGAGAAGAUGAGGUGGAAAGAACUUGAACAAACACGAGAAAAAGCAGCUAAGCUUCGAGGUGAAGGCUUAGCGAGUAGGAAUUCGGCGGGUGUACGGCCAGUAACAACCCUAAGGUGA